AUGUCUUCAAGCCUGAGGAGUCACUCCCGUGUAGCGCAUGUUGAAGACGCUGAAGAAGACUCGGGAGGCUCCGUCAAUGGCAUUGAAGGCACUCGUAAAUAUGCCACGUCAAGAGCGUGCAUGAGCCCGCUCAAGAUACAACCCAAUUCAGGCAAAUCACGCUCCGACAAACGGCUGGUCCAUUCGAAAUCAUCAUCUGCUAGCCCCGGCCUCGACGAAGCUGGCCCGUCCGACAAAAAAGGAAAGCCUCUGACCAGACGAACACUCGACAGAGAGCACGGUGAGCUGGAACCAAAGAUUCGUGACCGAGACCGCAGGAGAAGAGAGCAGCGAUUCAGGGACGAGGAUAAUGACGAGGAUGACGACGAGGAGGGGAACAGACGCGCCGCCGCCGCCGCCGCCGCCCAGGCAAAGCCAGCAAAAGCAAAGACAAACGAGCAGGACUCUCGGCCACUUAGGAAUCAACGCCCACCUUCACUCAAGUCCUCUGCCACACAGCCGGUGAUUCAGCAGAUGUAUAAGAGAGGUCACGUUGAUAACCCCACAAACUAUGGCAUACAGCAACCUGCCAUCACGGGCAAUCGACCGAGAGCACAGACACGUCCUGCGAGCUAUUAUGCCGGUCAGCCUAUCCAACCGCCUCCGAUGCAUAUGCCUUGGCUUCACCCUCCAACCUCAGCACAAUUUCCUGCAGGGACGUUUCCUCCCCCACAGUGGCAGGGACCCGGAGCGUCACCAGGCAGCUUCGCUGGGCCGCCGCCACCGCCGUCCCCCGUUGGACCUCCUGCUGGAUUCUUUGAUGGACCGGGCGUAGCUGCGAAUUCUCAAAGUCACCUUCGCUAUAGGUUUGAUAGUCGCCCUUCCUCUGCCAUGGGAUAUCACAGGCCAGGUCCACCUCCGCCCUCACGCCCACCACCAAGCCUCGACUACUACGACCCGGAGGCACUUACAGACGAGCCAGCUCGUGUGUCUCGACUAGCCCGUCGGACUUCCAGGACACGGCGGGCAGAGGACGAUCGGAACAGGAUGCCACCACCCGAGCAUAUCCCCAUUCGUCCACAGUCUGCGUUGCCACCAUCGACACCGUACCGACCACCACCUUUGCCACAGCCCCCUACUUCGCGCAAGAGCCAGUCCAGACCUCCGCCAGUUCAACGAAGAUCCGUAGGAUUUGCUGAUCAACCGGUCUACGACGACGAUGACUCCCCGAGCGAUGAUGACCUCUUUCAUGAUAUCUCACCCAAUGCCUCGUUUGACCAACGACAGCCAGAAGCACAUCGCCCGCGGCGUGCCUCUGUUGCCUACAAUAUUCAUGACUACGACGUCAUGCCAGAAGCAAGUAGAGGACAGCGAUCGUCUGUGUAUGGCGCCGCCCUGCCUUCUGGUGGAGCAAGUCUUGACGAGAAAAAAUAUUCUGCUGCCUUGAGAUAUCAGGAGGUCGUUGGUGGUGCUCCGCAGAUGCCGCUAACGGCUGAAACGUUGCGCAAAGCCGGAAAGCGAGGUGCAGCGGCCAGCAGCCGCUCUACUCGCAGUAGCGGUAGCCGUGACGACAGCGACUAUAGGCGUAGCAACGCAACGGGAAUCACCCGGACUUCGUUCAAUAGCGACGACUUUACCAUCAAGGUCUCUGGAGGCGCGCGCGUUCGUGUACCAGGCGCCGAGAUCGAGUGCGACGACGGCGGAGAGAUCACAUUUUCGACCCGUCCAAAUGGCUCCCGCUCAGGCAGCGAGAAGGCUAGCUUGAUGUGCGCCCAGCUCGAAGAUUCUCGCAGUCGCUCAGAACAAAGAUCUCUGCCUUAUCGCGGUAGAGCUCCAAGCCAGUCUGAUUCUCAAAGUAGAAGAAGCUAUGCACCAAGCCCCGUUGGAUACGACUUUUCUGGAGGAUACUACAUUUGA